AUGAGCACCACUUUCCAUCCUCGCCCUCCCAUCCCCUGUCAUCCCACAUCCUCUCCCUACCUGUCUCUCCCACCCUCUCCUCCCAUCCGUAUCUCCUCUCCCUACCCAUUCCCUUCCCCCUCCCGCCUCCCCUCUCUCCCCACAUCUCACCACGCCUCUAGCACGUGCCACCUCCGCCCGCACCUCCUCCAGCCGCCUCCUCCGCCUCCUCUCCUCCGCCCCCCCUUGCCCGCCACCCCCCUGCCCCACCCCUUUCUGCCCCGCGCCCCUUGCUGCCCCCCUGCUGCUGCCACCACUGCUGCUGCUGCCAAUGCGCUCUCCCCGGGUCGUGCACCACUGCACUCACCCGUGCACCACUGCUCUCACCCGUGCACCACUGCUCUCACCCGUGCACCACUGCUCUCACCCGUGCACCACUGCUCUCACCCGUGCACCACUGCUCUCACCCGUGCACCACUGCUCUCACCCGUGCACCACUGCUCUCACCCGUGCACCACUGCUCUCACCCGUGCACCACUGCUCUCACCCGUGCACCACUGCUCUCACCCGUGCACCACUGCUCUCACCCGUGCACCACUGCUCUCACCCGUGCACCACUGCUCUCACCCGUGCACCACUGCUCUCACCCGUGCACCACUGCUCUCACCCGUGCACCACUGCUCUCACCCGUGCACCACUGCUCUCACCCGUGCACCACUGCUCUCACCCGUGCACCACUGCUCUCACCCGUGCACCACUGCUCUCACCCGUGCACCACUGCUCUCACCCGUGCACCACUGCUCUCACCCGUGCACCACUGCUCUCACCCGUGCACCACUGCUCUCACCCGUGCACCACUGCUCUCACCCGUGCACCACUGCUCUCACCCGUGCACCACUGCUCUCACCCGUGCACCACUGCUCUCACCCGUGCACCACUGCUCUCACCCGUGCACCACUGCUCUCACCCGUGCACCACUGCUCUCACCCGUGCACCACUGCUCUCACCCGUGCACCACUGCUCUCACCCGUGCACCACUGCUCUCACCCGUGCACCACUGCUCUCACCCGUGCACCACUGCUCUCACCCGUGCACCACUGCUCUCACCCGUGCACCACUGCUCUCACCCGUGCACCACUGCUCUCACCCGUGCACCACUGCUCUCACCCGUGCACCACUGCUCUCACCCGUGCACCACUGCUCUCACCCGUGCACCACUGCUCUCACCCGUGCACCACUGCUCUCACCCGUGCACCACUGCUCUCACCCGUGCACCACUGCUCUCACCCGUGCACCACUGCUCUCACCCGUGCACCACUGCUCUCACCCGUGCACCACUGCUCUCACCCGUGCACCACUGCUCUCACCCGUGCACCACUGCUCUCACCCGUGCACCACUGCUCUCACCCGUGCACCACUGCUCUCACCCGUGCACCACUGCUCUCACCCGUGCACCACUGCUCUCACCCGUGCACCACUGCUCUCACCCGUGCACCACUGCUCUCACCCGUGCACCACUGCUCUCACCCGUGCACCACUGCUCUCACCCGUGCACCACUGCUCUCACCCGUGCACCACUGCUCUCACCCGUGCACCACUGCUCUCACCCGUGCACCACUGCUCUCACCCGUGCACCACUGCUCUCACCCGUGCACCACUGCUCUCACCCGUGCACCACUGCUCUCACCCGUGCACCACUGCUCUCACCCGUGCACCACUGCUCUCACCCGUGCACCACUGCUCUCACCCGUGCACCACUGCUCUCACCCGUGCACCACUGCUCUCACCCGUGCACCACUGCUCUCACCCGUGCACCACUGCUCUCACCCGUGCACCACUGCUCUCACCCGUGCACCACUGCUCUCACCCGUGCACCACUGCUCUCACCCGUGCACCACUGCUCUCACCCGUGCACCACUGCUCUCACCCGUGCACCACUACUCUCACCCGUGCACCACUGCUCUCACCCGUGCACCACUGCUCUCUGCCCACACUCGCUCUUCCCCACGCCGUCUAUCCCACUCGCCCCACGCCCCACGCUGCUGUUCCUCACCUCCCUGA